CUCGGUAUUGUUCCUAAGUGGAGUCCACAGGAUUCUAAUAAAUAGCUUAAUUUUUUUUAAUUUUACGGAAAUUUGAAAGAUUUACCAUGCUACCAGGACGCAAAUAUAUUCUCUUAAAUGCUGUGAAGUAUAGAUGGAAAUAUUUUUUAUCCGUCGUAUUUGAUGAGGAUACUAAUAGAGUAAAAUAAAGUUAUUUAAGGGGCACCUGGCUGGCUCAGUCAGAGGGGCGUACGACUCCUGAUCUUGGGGUCUUGAGUUCAAGUCUCACGUUGCAUGUAGAAAUUACUUAAAUAAGUAAACUUUACAUAGAUAGACAGAUGGAUAGAUAGCAAGCCCUGGACAGCAAACAGGAGUUUUUGAUCAUAUAACGUAUUAUCUUGACAUACUUUGUAAUAAUUCACCUUUUCUGGGGCGCCUGGCUGCCUCAGUUGGUGGAGUGCACAACUCUGGGUCUCACAGUUGUCUGUUCAAGCCCACAUUGGGUAUAGAGAUUACUUUAAAAUCUUUAAAAAGAAUUAGGCACCUUUUCUUAAUUAAUUAAAAAAUUAUAGUUGUAUAAAUUUUGGACUUUGAUCAGAUGUGAAACACAGUUAAUUCCUUCAGUACCUAUUAAUUAUCUUCUAUCUGACGGGCAUUAUGCCAGUAACUAUGUUACAUAACAGCAGACCAGGUCACUGCCUCCUCCACUGAGCUUAUAGCUUAGUGGGACAGACAGACCUCAGUCAAAUAGUUACAUAAAUGAAUAUAAGAUUUUGGGCAUGGGGCACCUGGGUGGCUCAGUUGGUUAAGGCGUCUGACUUCGGCUCAGAUCAUGAUCUCAUGGUUCAUGAGUUGGAGCCCCCCAUCGGGCCCUGUGCUGAUGACUCAGAGCCUGGAUUCUGUGUCUUCCUCUCUCUUUGCCCCUCCCCUGCUCGCUGUCUCUCUCUCCCUCUCUCAAAAAUAAAUAAGCAUUAAAAAAAAUAAUAAUAAAAAAAAAAGAUUUUGGCCAUGUACCAGGAGAGGGUCAUGGUGCACUGAGAGCAUAGGAUAGGAUUUGCCCUGGCUAAAAGAUCAGAGCAGGCCUCCUUCAGGAAGAGUCAAGCUAUCCUCGGAUCUUAAGAUGAUUCGGGUUCACCAAGCAAGGAGAAAGGAAGAGUGGUCCAAGCCCAGGAAGCAUAAUAUGUUCUAAGAACCAUAAGCUACCAGUGUGACCAGAACCCAGAGAACAAAGGGGAGGUGUGAGGCCUUCACAGGGGGUAGACCCAUCCAUGCUUUGGUUGGGUUUUGAGUGGAAGUGGGAGGUCAGGGUGGAGGCAUCAUAAUCAGGCUUGGCUUUUCCAAAGCUCAUUCUGGAAGCCCUUGAAGAGCUAGAGGGGGAGGGGCCCCACUGGUUCGGGCAGUUCCUAGCAGCAGUCCAGGGUGAGGUGAUGGCGGCUUGCACGAGGGCCCCAUCGAUGUGAAUGACUCGGGGAAGGUCACACCACGACGCCUGGCUCCGCGUUAGGCGUGGGGGUGUGGGAGGACUGCCAGGUCUCCAGCCAAACCAGGGUAACUUCUUUCAAAAUAUUGGUUCCAUCACCCUGUUUGCUGUCUUCGGUACGGCAAUUUCCGCUUUUGUAGUAGGUGGAGGAAUUUAUUUUCUGGGUCAGGCUGAUGUAAUCUCUAAACUCAACAUGACAGACAGCUUUGCAUUUGGCUCCCUGAUUUCCGCUGUGGAUCCAGUGGCCACUAUUGCUAUUUUCAAUGCGCUUCAUGUGGACCCAGUGCUCAACAUGCUGGUGUUUGGAGAGAGUAUUCUCAACGACGCCGUCUCCAUUGUCCUGACCAACACAGCUGAAGGUUUAACAAGGAAAAAUAUGUCAGAUGUCAGUGGGUGGCAAACAUUUUUACAAGCCCUUGGCUACUUCCUCAAAAUGUUCUUUGGCUCAGCAGCACUCGGCACCCUCACUGGCUUAAUCUCUGCACUAGUGCUAAAGCAUAUUGACUUGAGGAAAACGCCUUCCUUGGAGUUUGGCAUGAUGAUCAUCUUUGCUUAUCUUCCUUAUGGGCUCGCUGAAGGAAUCUCGCUCUCGGGCAUCAUGGCCAUCCUGUUCUCGGGCAUCGUGAUGUCCCACUACACGCACCAUAACCUGUCCCCGGUCACCCAGAUCCUCAUGCAGCAAACCCUACGGACCGUGGCCUUCCUGUGCGAAACAUGUGUGUUUGCAUUUCUUGGCCUGUCCAUUUUUAGUUUCCCUCACAAGUUUGAAAUUUCCUUUGUCAUCUGGUGCAUAGUACUUGUACUGUUUGCCAGAGCGGUGAACAUUUUCCCUCUUUCCUACCUCCUGAAUUUCUUCCGUGAUCAUAAAAUCACACCGAAGAUGAUGUUCAUCAUGUGGUUUAGUGGCCUGCGGGGGGCCAUCCCCUACGCGCUGAGCCUGCACCUGGACCUGGAGCCCAUGGAGAAGCGGCAGCUCAUCGGCACCACCACCAUCAUCAUCGUGCUCUUCACCAUCCUGCUGCUGGGCGGCAGCACCAUGCCCCUCAUCCGCCUCAUGGACAUCGAGGACGCCAAGGCGCGCCGCAGGAACAAGAAGGACGUCAACCUCAGCAAGACAGAGAAGAUGGGCAACACCAUCGAGUCGGAGCACUUGUCAGAGCUCACAGAGGAGGAGUAUGAAGCCCACUACAUCAGGCGGCAGGACCUCAAAGGCUUCGUGUGGCUGGACGCCAAGUACCUGAACCCCUUUUUCACGCGGCGGCUAACUCAGGAGGACCUCCACCACGGACGUAUCCAGAUGAAAACCCUCACCAACAAGUGGUACGAGGAGGUGCGCCAGGGCCCCUCUGGCUCUGAAGACGACGAGCAGGAGCUGCUGUGAUGGAGCAGGGCGCCCGGUCAGGCCCCCCCCCACGGCUCCCGGGACAGACACUCCGCGAAGGCCCCCGGUGCUGCUUGCAUCAGGCGGCCUCCUCAGGGCAGAUGGAGGCGGGGUGAAGCAAAGGCCACGGUCCUCUUAAACCCGGCGUCCCCGGCCCUUGGAGCCAGCUGUCUGCUUCGGAAACAGUCAUCCCCCCAGGCCUCACUGAGCCGGACCUCUGCUCGCCAUGUUGCUUCUCAGCUCGCAGAUCAGAGGGACCACGUGUCCAGGUAAAUUCUCCUUCUCUUCUGCACCCAGGGCGAGUAGUCCUCUGCCGAGCUGCGGCGCGUGAGGAGAGAAAUGGCGCUGCGGAGCCCGGCCGUGACCGGGGCGGCCAGGGAGCGCCGGCUCGCAGCUUCCGCCGUUCCCAGCCACGGCCUUCGUCCCGGGAGCACCUGCUGAGGCCGGGAUGGGUGUCUGUUCUAGCGGGGCGAGGAGCCAGCCGUUUCCCCUUGGUCAUCGAGGUGCCUCCGGCCUCAGCAGCAGCAAUUCUGACCUAAGUGCUGGGCUCCGAAAUCUGGAAAAUGUCACACUCCCCUCUGUGAUGUUGCUUGCACUCCUUGAGAAAGAAAAACCGAGUGACAAACUUCGUUACCUCUGAUUGGCCCCUCGCGGGCUGUCUCCCUGUGUGGCAGGCGGUAGCUGCCCUUCUCUGGGAAUACGGUGAAUGUUCACGCCGGUAUGGAGCAGGGGCACAUGGGCCCUUCUCUAAAGCCCCAUUGGAAGCUUGGGUUUUGGGGUGAGGAAGCCUAGUCUGUGGGGUCAGAGCGCCCUCUGGAGGGAGAGGCUAGCUUAUGCAGGCCGGCAUCUGCUGUCUCCUAAUUGAGUUGAAAUUCAUGCACUUUUACGAAGUAGUGAGAGCCUAGCAGUUACCUCCCUCACUCGGUGGACCUUAUUGUCCAUAGGCCCCAUUUCCUGGGCUCCACGCAGUCUGCCCACCGUUUACCUGCUACCACCUUCCUUCCCUCUCCCAGUUCUUUUCCAUCUUGGGUCCCAGCUCACCCAAGAACUGGAGCAGGGGCCAGAGCGGCAGCCCCCUGUGCUCCUCCCUGCUACCCCCACCCAGGACUCGCCCACGUGCACACACCCUGCCCUGUCCCCGUGGUCCCGGCCCCUGGGCCGUCUAGCAGGGGGAGCUGCCCAUCACGUCCAGAUGAAGUGGUCACUGACUUACACAUCUGCGCCUCACACCUGCUAGCCUUCACCCAUCUGUGGGCCAGUGGCAGAUCCCCUAUGUGGCUCAGGGUCCCUGCCUUGGGACUCGGCACCCUCUGGCAUGGUUUACUUCAUCAUGUGCGGUCCUUGGUUCUCUGUGGGGACACCGUGGGCCAGCACGGACCCUGGGCUGGCAGCUCGUAUGUUUCCAUCUCUUCUGCCUCAGGCGGCAGGGCUCUGGAUGUUAGCAAGGACUGAACUCUCCAGGUCUCUGCUGCCCAGCCCACCAGGCCAGGCCCCUGCCCAGACCCCUUCCCCUUUCCCGAAAGAGUGAGGCCUGUCAGGCUGGAAGCAUAUGGUUUCCUUUUUGUGCAUGAAAAGUAAAUCUGUACUUGAUAGGGUUAAAACAUGGCCAUUUCUCUUUUUGUAACCUCCUACUUUAACCCCUUAAUUUAAGCCAAACAGGAGCAUUUUACUCCACCUCAUACCUUCACUGGAGGAGUCAUGCCAUCGUAAUUCUGGCCUCCAUCAUGUCCUACUUGCUUUUAGGGGAAAAGUAAAAGAAGAGGUCAAAGAGGGAGGGGACCUUGUCCACCCCUGGAGGGAGGUGGGCAGGGAUCUCCGACUAGAGUGUUCUCUCAUUCCCAAACCCAUAAGUAAUCUUUCUUCCUUGAAAUUCAUGGUGUGAUCUCAGAAGUGCAACUUGCAUUGCAAACUCAAUAGUUUACCAGAAAAUUUAGUGGGGAGGGGGCUGUGAGUUCAUAGAUAAUAGCAGUGAAAACAGGAUCUCCUCGAUUCAGACUGCCCCUUGUCACUAGGUCCCAUCUGGCCUCCCACUUUUAGCUGAGACCUGAAAACGACACUGAAGUAGAGAAGGGUCCCCAGGGUGGAAAGUCCCCAGGGCCUGGCUCAGUGGGCAGGGGGCACCUUUCCUGGCAGUUACCAGCACCAGCUUGGGUCUCCUGUGAUGGGUCUUCUGCCCCCCGCUGGCUAAGGGAGGUUUGGCAGGCUGGAGAGCAUUCCCAGGAGGACAGGUGUGCCCUAUGUACCUCAGGUCAGUCCCUUUGCCUUUGCCACAUGCAAAGCUCAUGGAGAUGGGUUUUCCUGGUGGAUUUUUAAAAGUGUCUUUGCCUGAGAAUCAGAAAUGUGCUGUUGGCUACCUUUAGCAUACCUAAUAAUUCUAUUGGGGGGCAAUAAAUGCCUAGUCGAUUAAAAAAAAUAUCCAGCAUAACUCCAAUUUCCCACAAAUUUACUUCGUUCUGGGUCUAAGCCGUGGGACAGGGAAGCCACAGCACAUAGACAAGGUCACACUUUAGGGUGAGGUGAAGGCUGUAAAGUCAGUGAGGGCCUCUGGGGAAGCUGGCCAGUCAGCUAGUUAGCCAGUGAACUAGAAGACAUGCUUGCCUUGGGGAGCCAUGUGGCAGCAAGCACCCCCCCCCCAAAAGCGCCCCCCCCUCCACAGCAGGCCUAGCAAUUUUGAACUCUUGAAAUAAGUCACAUGGCCUGUCGUUGUAGGACUCCUGGGAACAACCGUACCCCAAAGCUUGUGGUAUGGGUGUUACAGGGAAAGGAGGCGGCUUGCCCUAGGUCCCCCAGAGAUCACGUUUUGGGCUAGGCUAAGCCAGGGCCAGGCAGGAGGUAGGUGGCACAGUUCCACAGUGUGGUGCUCACUCAGCCCAGCAGCUGAACCAGAAGCACAAACCUCCCACACCCAGGCCAGCUACCUCUCUUCACAGUGGAAAUGCUGGCCAGGCCUUGGCUGAUAUAAGGCCAAGGGGCAGGGCCUGGCCCAUAAUGUCGGUGACCCCAGAGGACCCUAAGUCAGCCUGGGGUCCUGGUUUGCCUGCAGAUUCCUUUGUGUGCCAUGGAAUGUGGAGAGAUUCGUGAGUGGGGCUCCUCCUCCCCUCGGAACCUAUGUCAGAGCUACAGACUUGGCCUCUGGCCUCGGGGGGUCUCGGUUCCACAUUCCCACAGGGGCCUGCACAUUUGGCAGAGUCCUCAGCGGGGUGGCCACAGCCGGGAUCCCACUUCUGCUUUGGUGGGGAGACUGAGCGUGGGGCAGGGUGGCGGCCAGCUUCUCCUUGUCCGAGUUACGGAUGUCAAAGGUGCAGGCCUUAGAACUGGUCCCUGAUUCAAGUGCAAGGAGGAAUCAGCAUCAAUGAUCUGCCAUUAAUUAGGACUUUAAAUGCAAAAAAGAGAGAGAGAGAGAGAAAAAAGGCACCCUGAUCCACCCCUAUUCCCUCCAGAACACGUACCCCUGUUUCU